AUGAACGAAUCGGUUCCCUCAUCAUCUUCAACUCGGAAUGAGCAGCAGGAUCAUCAUCCAACACAACAAGAGAACGACUUCCGAACUUCCUUCGUAACUUGCAACGACAUUGAGAGUAGUCCCUCGUCAUUGCCUGCAUCAUCUCUUUCAUGCUCUCUUCAGCCACUCCUUGAGGAAAUUCGGAAAGAUUUAAUUCAAACCUCUUCAACACAAGAUGAUUCAUCAUGCAUGCAUCAUGAUCACGUCAAUAAUAUGUGGCAAUACGUUGAAAAAAUUUGUCAAGUCAUGAAAAACGAAAAAGAACACGAAGUAUAUGCCAUUUCAUCUCUAAAAAUUGGAUUAGAAUUAAUUGUCGUAUGGGGAAUCGUACCUCGACUAUUGAAAGGAGUUGGAAUUUCUCUUUCCAAAAGAAUUGAAUCACUCUCACAACAAAGUAAAAUAUCGAUCAAUAAGCAAAGUGAAUUUAGUGAAAAUGAAAAGAUUUCGCGAACCGAAUUGCAAAAGUUGGUCAAGUGUGUGAAAAUUUUAUAUGAAAUUUCAAACUGGGAUGAAUUUUAUCAUCAACUCGUGCUACAAAAUUACUUGACUGAUAUUUAUUCUGCUCUCUUUCAAAUCCUUUAUUUAUGUAACAAUCUGAAAAAAGCAAUUGAGCAAAAACAACAUUGUCCUUCCUCUGUCAUUGCAAAUCUCUCUCAACAAUUUGGAAUUGAAGAGUCAGAUCGAUUAUAUUGCUCAGAAUUACUCUACAAGUUACUAACUCAAACUCAUGAAUCAAUGGUUGUGCAUUGUUUAGUCACAUUACUUUCUCAAUCAACAUUACCUCAAUGGCUUAAAAAUAGAUGCACGAUUUGGCUCUCAAAAACAAUAUUAAGGCCAAAAGGAGUAUUUGCCAUCAUUUCAGUAAUGCUUGACAAUGUACCAGAAUCUAACUUGCGACAUUAUGAAAAAAUUGUAGAUUUGAUUAUUGCCAUUCCAAAAGAAAUGAAUGCUCAAGAUUAUUUCAAAAUUAUUUGUCCUCAAAUUAUCAAACUCUUUCGAUUACGAGGAAAGAAUAGUCAUCACUUAUUGAAAACAACAACACUUGCUGUGGAAAAAUUAUUGAAAAAUAUCCAUGUAUUGCACAAGAAUUAA